UGUUUCAGUGAAGACUCUAACAAAAGAAGGCCCCAGAGAAAUAAAGUUCUUAAAGAUAUAGAAAAGGUUCUCCAUGUUCCUGCCCAAGAUAGAAACUUAAACUGCAAGCCCACCUUGAAACUUGUGUUGGUCGUUAUUCUAUUGGGGACUUUUGUAACACUCUUCGUCUCUCCUGCUGUUUAUAGUACUGAUCAUCAAUCCAGUUCUGUAUCUCGGCUAACUUCUCAAGACAGAUCAAGAAAAAAGAGUGUUGCCGCAGAUUUACGUUACGUAUCAUCUUUAGACAUUAGCUGGCAUGAAAUUUCUCAUGUUCUUGAAACACUGACUGACAAAAAGGACUAUCAGGGAAUUGGCCUAUUAAACUUUAAUCACAAUGAGGUUGAUCAUUGGAAGGAGCUGUUGCCAGAUUGCGAGCAUGUUGUUCUACACCUCAACCAUGUGUCAAACAACACAACAUGGGAAUCCUUGUACCCUGAAAUGGAUAGAUGA